UGCUAAAGUAAUGAAAGAUGGAUGAAAUUUUCAACAAAAGGAAACACUUGUAGCUCAAUCUGGGGGAGACCCCUCAAGAAGAGAGAUUGGAUAAUGUGCCUUCACAGAGUUUAAUAUUUAAAAUACUUUUUUUUAACUUUCAAAAGCUGAUUUUCCACUGUACAGAAAAUAUUUAAGGGCGAAUACAAUGCCAGUUAUUUAUAUCUAAAUAACAGGAAGAGAUAAAGUAGAAACUCCAAAGCUGUACUUUGUCAAUUGUUUUGCAUGCUGAGGUAUUUUAUACAUUGUUUUAACAUUUGUUAUCACUGUGAGUGGCUGAAAUUGUUAGUUAGGAUUUUCUUCUUUUUUCUUUUAAUCUUUGGGACUGAAUGUCAGCAACGCGUGCAUUUAGAUUAUCAGACCCCAAGACCUCUGAGAGUCUCAGAGUAUCUCUGAUGUAGUUGUUAAUUAUUUCAAGUGUAGGUUCCUUGGAAGAUAUCAGCACUUGAUGGUGGUCACUGAAAAUGGUUUAUCAUGGGAGGGUGGAGUAGGUGGGAUUCCUUGGGAGAUGAUAGUUUCUGUCAGAAAGAGCUCCUUUCUGCCUAGAUCUCACCCGUGCCUCGCAAUGAAUAUUAACGGACACAGCAACAAGUAGAUUAUAAAUCAUAGAUACUUACAACAGUCCUCUGUUGUCAGAUAAGACCAGGUAUUAUCUUAGCCAUCACUCUAGCAAAGACAUUUUAAAGCAAUGUCAUGGGCAUUCGUGAACAAGUAAGGCGUAAUUUAUGCUGGUAGUGGGAAAAAGAGCAGUCAUAGAUUGUAUGUAAACAUAAAAAGUAUCAAAAGUAAGUGAGAAAAAUUGACAAAGAACAAGUUCAUAAGUUGCUAUGACCAGCUAUAAACUGCCUGACAGUGGGUGGAAUAAGAUUCAAUUAUAUCUUCCUAACGAGAAUUGUAAGGAUAUUUUAGUUGGAAAGAAUGGCAAAGCUAUGGAGAAAGAGCAGAUAUCUGGAUUCAUUUAAUAUCCCUUUGCAAGAACAGACAGGCUAUCACAAGCAGACUAGCCUUCUUCUAUUUGUAACAUUUUGUAAUUCUACAAUAGCAACCUAAUUGCAUUCCAGUGCUGGCAGAUUCAUCUGCUUAUCAAUCACGCAUUCACACAAUUGACAUUCAAAAUUAUUUGAAACAUCCGUCUUCCUUCUCGUAAGAUAAACAAGUGCUUUGUAAAACCUUAGAAACAGCAACCAGUCAAAUUAAAGGAACGCAAGGAGAUGGAAAUAAAUCCCAGGUGAAGGGGGUCAAUGGCACUGAAGUAUUACCGCAGUCCACGGCCGUGGGAAAACCACUCCACAGCAAGGAAAGGCAACAGAGACCUAAGGUUGAUUCAAGAGCAGGGGUUCCGUAUCUCAUUCUCCAACUCAUGAUCAUAUUCAUUUUUUUAAGUUCCAGCAGUACCUGUUUUACGAUGAAUUCAAAGGAAAAAGACCCAAGAAAAUGGGAGACUGGAGUUUUUUGGAAAAACUCCUUGAUGAAGUACAGGAACAUUCGACUGUGAUUGGCAAAAUCUGGCUCACCGUCCUCUUCAUCUUUCGGAUUCUGAUCCUGGGCACGGCCGCAGAAUACGUCUGGGGUGAUGAGCAGUCGGAUUUUAACUGCAACACGGGGCAGCCAGGUUGCGAGAAUGUCUGCUACGACAAAGCCUUUCCGAUCUCACACGUCCGCUACUGGGUGCUGCAGAUCCUCUUCGUGUCAACGCCUACGCUUAUCUACUUGGGCCACGUCCUGCACAUAUCAAGGAAAGAAGAGAAAUUCAAGCAGAGAGAAGAGGCGUUGAGGUCCCAGCCGAACAAGGACAGCCAAACUGAACUCCUUGUCAAAGAGAUUGCAAUAAAGAAGCAAAAGUACGGCAUUGAUGACUCGGGGAAAAUUAAAAUUAAGGGAGCACUAAUGCUCACCUACACACUAAGUAUUGUCUGCAAAAUGAUAUUUGAACUGAGCUUUUCCUUUGGCCAGUGGUACUUAUAUGGCUUUACAAUGCCAGCAAUUUAUGUCUGCCAAAGAAUACCCUGCCCACACCAAGUGGAUUGCUUUAUAUCUCGUCCUACGGAAAAGACUAUUUUCAUUUUAUUUAUGUUUGCAGUAUCUCUGAUAUCACUCGUGCUAAACCUUCUAGAAAUAUUCCAGCUCGUCGGCAAGUGUAUUAUUAAAAACAUUCAGGCCAAACCCGACAAGCGGAUCUAUCUAAAACCCUCUGACUUUCCAGGGACUCCCUAUAUGGAAAAGGAAUCGUUGCCAAUGGAGUACAUGUACACAACUGUGGAAGGGGCCCACGGGCAUUACCAAAGCUGCAACAAGUCUUCUUCUGAACAGAACUGGACGAACUACACUACAGAACAGAGACUGGCAGACCACAUGGUCAAUCCCAUGCCGUAUAACCUCUUGAGGGAUGUCCCUGAAUUGGUAGACCAAGCCUCAAUACAAAGGCCAAGACCUGUGAGUCCAGCCAGCAGUCAAAGCAGUAGAAGGCGGCAAGAUGACGUUGCAAUCUGAUUUGGGUGAACAUUACUUUUUGAAUGACGGAUAUUUAAGAAUGGUUAUGCUGUACAAGUCUUUUUCAAGACUUUUAGUUAUAAGCGAUGGGCAAAAUUGAACAAGGAGGUCUACAUCCAAUGUGAACUUUAACGCAUAGAAUCAUUUAGGUACAGUGCUGUGAAGAAUGCAACUGUGCUAAAUUGAAGAUAAAGCGCGUGUUUCAUAUUAAAUCAAUGAAUGGAGCUUUUAUUACACGUAAUUUAUUUCCAACUUACUGUGUCUCGCAGAUGAUCUGGGGAGGAAAUGUAUUCUUGGACAAAGUGCAGCAAAAACGAAUUUUGGUCGGUCAGAGCUAUUCACACGAUCCCACGGGCUUUAUUUAAUGAUAUGUCUAACCAAUAAGCAUUCCUGUACAGCAUGUCAGCAAUCUUUAAGGAAAGUUUUGUCGAGGAAUGUUGAUGUCUUAUUUAUUUGUUUUACCGAUCUUUGACACCCAUUUUGAAAAUAUUUUUCUCGGCCUUCUGCUUGGGUAUCUCUCUUGUGACAUUUCCUAAUUGAGAUGCUGGGGUGUGUGAGAGACAACUGCUAACACGCCUUUGUCAAUGCUGGAAGGCAUACAGGAAUGCAUUUGGGUGAGUUGGGCUUCAAACUCCAAUUGGUAACAUUUUCACCCUCACCUUCCCUUGCCACUCCAUUUUGACACUCACAAAGUAUUGACAGCCAAGUGCCCUUCACUCAGUUCAAGGGGAAAUCUUGCAUUCACCACGAAUCAAUAAAAAACAAGAAACAGUUAAUGACAUGAAUACAGCAAGCUUGGUACGAAUAGAUUUAUUUAUUAGCGCUGGUAGAAUAAAGAAUGUUCUGGUGUUAGCGACACAGUAUUACAUGUCAUCCCACAUACAUUCUGUCAAGCCACAAGUGAGAUUUCAUCCAUUGACAAUGAGAACAUUUUGAGGUAUAAGUAAGAUCUGAGAGGAAUCAGCAAGAAAUAUUGCAGCCUAAACACCGUAGAUACAAUUCUUGAUGUGUGCAAAGGAGAUUUUGAGGAAUUUUGCCAGCUUGUUGAACACAUACUGGUGACAUUUUUUUGGUGCCUAUGCUAGAUCCAUGUCCCUGCAGGCUCCAAACUGGUGCAGGAUUGUGAGCACUCUUUAUCAUUAAGAACCCAUUCUUCUGAAAGCUUUUUGAUUACUGAAUGGGUUCAUUGUACAGUAUUGUAAUUGAAUAUUCUUCAGCAGGGAAUGACAUCUUAAAGUAGUGUACAUAGAAUUCAUUGGCUAUGAUUUUACACUCUCAAGUAAUAAAUGAGAUAUAUUGGAAUCGGAGAUGCAGACUCUUCAUUUAAGAGAAAAUGGGAAUAUCAUGGAAAAUCAAUGAAUAUUUUGUGCUAAUUUCAAAAUGCAACAAAAAAUCUGCCUCUGGCCUCAAAUCCCCAAAAGCUCAGCCUCAAUCUUAUGUAUUAUUUACCAAUUUAUGAAUAUGAUUAUUGUUCCUAAUCCUCAAUGCUUGUGCGUCCCUCAAUUCAAAAAUAGGUGCUCUUCCUCCUUUAUGUAUUGUGCCACUGAGAGCAAAAUGCUUAAUUUUCUCUUCCACCUCAUCUCCUUUUGCAUCAAAACUUUACAUUUCUCACUUGUCUUCAUGCCUUCACUUCUUCCUUCUACUUGCUGAAUUUGUACCUUAAAGUGUGGGGUAUCUAUCACCAAGAUACUUCAAAUAUGCUCAGCACAGAGGCCUUUCAUAUGAGUUUCUCUAUAUUUAUAAACUUUUACUAAAUACCAAGAGAUUCUCCAUUUUGUAAAUCAAAACUGUGACCCCACAUAACACGGAACAGAACUGAGAAAAAAAAAAUUACCGCACAUUUUAAAAUAAAGUUACAAUUUAUUUGGAGAUUAAUUGGUUGUGCAUCUUUUAUUAAAGCCUCAUGUGGGGACUACAGUUAAAAUAUAUCACAAUACACAGAAUAGUUGCCUUUAUUUCAGCAAAUCGUUCUUCAUGUCACCUAAUGCCAAGAUAUUCAGCAAAAGAAUGAAAGACAAAUUGACAAGCGAUGCAAGAUAUCAAUGUCUGUGUGAAAACUGCUUCAUUGGCGGUGACUUGUACUAGAAAUUAAAAAGGCAGAUUCUGAGAUGAAAUAUUAUAUCCUGAAGUUACUUUCUUUGUACUUUUGGCACAAUUGCAGCCAUUUUACUGAAUUUUGAAUGGCGGAAACCCUUGAAUAUCAAUUCUGUAAAUAAUAUUUUGAUUAAAUACCAUAUUAGUUGAAGUAUUAUGUAGAAUUUGAUUGUGUUUUAAUUCUUGAUGUCUUUUGAACUGCUGACCAAAAAUAAAACUUAAGAAGCAUAAGCAAUGAUUUUAUUU